AUGACAGCUUUCGAAGAAUUGGGUGUACUGCCGGAAUUGGGCAAAGCUGUGGACGAAAUGGAAUGGACAUUGCCUACAGAUAUUCAAUCCGAAGCAAUUCCUGCAAUUCUUGGUGGCGGUGAUGUACUUAUGGCAGCAGAAACAGGAAGUGGUAAAACAGGUGCGUUUUGUCUUCCCGUACUGCAAAUCGUUUGGGAGUCAUUACGUGAUUCAAUGUUGGGUAAAGCACGUAAAUCGACUAAUUCUAUUGGUGAAAGGUGGUGCUUAAAUGUACAUGAUAGAGACAACAAUCUUGCGAUUGAUCCGGAUGGAUUACUUUGUCAAAGUCGCGAUCCAAAGGCAUGGAAUGGAACACGCUGUACUCGCGGUGUUGUUGGCAAAGGGAAAUACUACUAUGAAGGUACAGUUACUGAUGAUGGGUUAUGCCGUCUUGGAUGGUCAGCUGCGAAUGCUGUUCUUGAUUUAGGUACUGAUAAUAAAAGUUUUGGUUAUGGUGGUACUGGAAAAAAAAGUUAUAACCGGCAGUUCGAUAAUUAUGGUACUUCGUUCACAUUGAGUGAUACGAUUGGUUGCAUGUUGGAUUUGGAUAAUGGAACAAUUGCUUUUUCAAAAAAUGGCAAGCAUUUAGGAAAAGCUUUUGAUAUUCCAGAAGCAUUGCGGAAUACAGCACUAUAUCCGGCUGUAGUUUUGAAGAAUGCUGAAAUUCGAUUUAAUUUCGGUGAAACAGAGUUCAAAUAUCUUUCGAAGGGCUACAUAGCAGUCUGCAAGGCUUCAUCAGAAAACACUGUUAUUUCACCCAAUGGCUCCUCAAAUGUUAACGAUAGAAAAAAAAUCACAGAACCAAAUGCACCAGCUUGUAUCAUACUUGAACCUACCAAGGAGUUAGCAGAACAAACAGAUGGUCAGUUGAAAACCUUCAAAAAGUAUCUUAAGGAGCCAAUUAUCAGGAAUGCACUUGUCAUAGGCAGUAUUCCGGUGAAUGAACAAUUAAGAAUUAUCAUGUCAGGCAUAGAUAUAAUUACAUGUACACCAGGAAGAUUGGAAGAUUUCAUCCAAAGUGGUAAAAUUCUUUUAUCGAAUGUUCGGUUCUUCAUUUUAGACGAAGCUGAUUCUUUAGUAUCAGCAAAAAAUCAUUUGCCUACUAUCGAGCGUAUUCAUGCUGCGCUGCCGAAGAUAACGGCUUUAGGAGAACGUUUGCAAAUGAUUGUUUGCUCUGCAACGCUGCAUAAUUUUGAUGUUAAGAAGCUUGCUGAUCGUAUGAUGCAUUUCCCACAGUGGGUAGAUCUCAAAGGACAAGAUUCUGUACCGGAGACCGUUCAUCAUGUUGUUUGCAAAGUUGAUGCCAAGAUAGACCGUAUGUGGAUACGUCUAAAACCGCAGGAAAGAGUGCAGACUGAUGGCAUCCAUGCAAAUGAUGAAAUUCGUCCUGGAAGUGAUUACCCAGAAACUCUGUCGGAAGGCACAAAGAUCCUAAAAGGUGAAUACGUCAUAAAGGCCAUUCGUCAAUGUAAUAUGGAUCAGGGCAUCAUUUUUUGUCGUACAAAACUUGAUUGCGAUAAUCUGGAAAGGUACCUGAAACGUAAAGCACAAGAUCUCACAUGCGUUUGCCUGCACGGUGAUCGUCGACCGGAUGAAAGAACCAGAAAUUUGGAUGCCUUUAAAAAAGGCAAAGCAAAAUUUCUCAUUUGCACUGAUGUUGCUGCGCGUGGUAUCGAUGUGAAAGGCAUUCCAUUUGUGAUUAAUGUAACAUUACCGGAUGAAAAAGCAAAUUAUCUUCACCGAAUUGGUCGUGUGGGCCGCGCAGAAAGGAUGGGUUUGGCGAUCUCUCUAGUUUCAGCAUAUCCCGAAAAGGUAUGGUAUCAUAAAUGUCCUUCACGGGGUGUUAAUUGUUCAAAUACAGCUUUGAUAACACAACGUGGUUGUGCAAUUUGGUACGAUGAACCGAAACUUUUGGAAGAUAUUGAAGAGCAUUUGGGUGUAACUGUUCCACAGAUCGAUAAUGAUUUCAUCGUACCAGUUGAUGAAUUUGAUGGUAAAGUUGUUUAUGGAACGAAACGAACUAAUGCUGGUUCUCUUUACGAGGGACAUGCAGUACAAUUAUCCGGAGCAGUUGCACAACUUGCAGAUUUGGAACGUUCAUUGCAACUAUCAUACUUGAGAAUGUUUACUGCUGCAGAAAAGGGCAAGUAG